UCCAUCGGGUUUCAUAUAAUGGCUGAUUUUGUAUUGCGUGUGAAAACUAAAUCAGGUCAGAAAGUCGUUAAUGGAUUAUCAUCGAGCAAGACUGUAGCCGAAUUGAAACGAAAAUUAUCGGAGCUGACGGGGAUUGAUAUUAAUGCGCUUGAAGUACGCAGUGGAUUUCCACCCAAGGUACUGAAUUUAAGUUGUUUAAAUUCAACACUGAGUGACACUGGUAUUGUAUCUGGUGAUACUCUCAUUGUUGAGGAGAAAAUCAAUCUGUGCAAUGGUGAAAAGGAGUCAAGGUCGCAUGUCGUUGAUAGCGAACGAUUCUCUGACACACCUGGUAUGCUCAUGAAAAAAAUUGUUCCUGCCGAUAAUUCGUGCCUUUUUACCAGUGUUGGAUAUGUACUCAAUGGUAAAGUUGAUCCAACGUGCUCCGAUUUUAUGCGAGAGAUAAUAGCCACUGCUGUUGCUUCUAAUCCUGAAGAAUACUCCGAGGCGAUACUUGGAAAGCCGAAUUCGGUUUAUUGCGAAUGGAUACUUAAAGCUGAUUCCUGGGGUGGUGCCAUUGAACUUUCCAUUCUUUCGAAAUUUUUUGGCUUGGAAAUAGCUGUUGUCAAUAGUGUUAGUGGUAUUAUCAAUAGAUUCGGUGAGGAUCAACAUUAUGCUCAAAGAGUUUUCCUCAUUUUCGAUGGAAUACAUUAUGAUCCACUUUAUCUCGAGCCACACGACGGUGGGAGUAUCCAAACAAUUUUCCCAACGAACGAUGAAAGGGUACUUUUAGAAGCUGGCGAAUUAGCAAAAGAAGCCAAAUCAAGUCGUCAAUAUACGGACGUACAAAAUUUUACCGUCAAGUGUCUGGUUUGCAACAUUCAUCUCGGUGGACAAACAGCUGCUAGCCAGCAUGCCAAGGAAACUGGCCACAUGAAUUUUGGAGAAAUAGCGUAGCAUCGUUAAGAUGAUAAUGUCAUCACAUUGAAUAGUCAACUCACUAAUGUUCAAAAUAGACUAGACACAAAUUUUCAUUAUUUUUAUCUCUAUCAUCAGCAUAAAAACGUUACAAUCAAAUUUUUCUUAUACCCUCAAAGAGGAACAUUUUAAUUGACUAGCGGCAUAAAAUAUUUAGGGAAAUCAAGACUGGAUUCUCUGUUUGCGAAUAAUUAUUAACAAAAAUACCAUCAUGAGAUAUCUAUUUCUUAAUAAUAAAUAGACAUAAUCGCACAUUGUAUGGAAUGAAAAAUCAAUCAAUGGUUUAUUUACAUUACGAUUAUUGCAAUUUUUUUUAAACUCAAUCAAUUGAUAGAAUAUUUUUGAAUCAUGAAAAGCAAAAGAUGAAGUAAAUAAAAUAUGAUUUUUUUUCUUUGAAUUUA